AUGUUUCUCUGCGGCGGCUCAACCUUUCGCCGAGAGCACAACAUAGAGCAGCAGCAGCAGCAACAGGAGGAGGAUAAUCAUCAUCAUCAUCAGCAGCAGCAGCAGCUUGGUGGUCCGAAGAAUCGCGCGACUCGUCAGUCGCACCCCAACGCUUCUCCACCCAACCCUCUCGCCCGGCCGCAUCAGCCGGCGCACCAGCAGCAUUACCACUCGUCGCCCCGCCCCACAGGGCCUCUGUCACCCGCGUACGUGCACCCGCGCAACAGCCAUGCGCCGGCGCAGGCUCGGGGGGCCAACCACGCGCCAGGGCAGACCCAGAACGGCCAGCCGCACGCGUCCGCCGCCCCUUCCGGCAUCAACGGAUACGCGCGCCAUCUCUCCAGCCGUCUCAUGCCUAAGAAGCGGUCUAAGGAGGCCGCCGGCGGCUUCCGCCAGGGCGCAACCGUUGGGUGCGCGGGCAGCGCGCGAGUGUUCGCCGCAGGGGCUGAGCCUGAGCGGAAGUUAUCCGCGGAAGAUUCCCGCGCUGCAGGGGAGGCGGAGCAGCAAAGCGCGGGAGGGGGACAGCCGGCGCAAAGCUUUACGUCCGGAGGAGCGACCCGCGCCGCCCCCGGCGGAGCGGAUAAUAAGCUUCCCCGUAAGCCGUCUGCUGCGGCGGCUGCUGCCGCUGUAGCUGCAGCAAAGAUGGCGGCCUCCGCGGCUGCUGCCGCCGCGGCCACUGCCUCCCGCGCGGACAAGAUCCACCUCACCCCCGCGGGGGCGGCGCAGGUGGGCGGGUCGGCGGCGGCAGAGCAGGGAAUGGAAGCGCAGGCGCUUCCGUCGCUUCCGCCUGGCUACCGCUUCAAGCCUACGGACGAGGAGCUCGUGGCGCAUUACCUCGUGCCGCGCGCGCGCCUCGCGGACGAUUCCCUCGGGGUGAUCCCGUCUAACCCGCCGGUCCAAGCGGGACGGCGGGCAGCCGCCGCUGAUGGGGGGAGGCGGGAGCUUCAGGGGGAGGCGAAGGCGGAACAGCAGCAGCAGCAUCAGCAGCAGCAGCAGGAUUGGAUGACGAUGAUUGCGGAUUUGGAUGCUUUGGAUAUGGAGCCGUGGGAGCUUCCUAUGUCGUGCUGCAUCGGUGACGGCGAGUGGUAUUUCUUCUCCACGCGAAGCCACAAGUACGGCCACUCGCGGCGCACCAACCGCUGCACCGCCAACGGCUACUGGAAGGCCACAGGCAACGACCGCACCAUUCACUGCGACCCCGUCUUUGGCGCCGCUAUUGCCGCGGGCGCGAGCAGGGGCAUGGGCGCGGGGAUGGGCGCGGGGAUGGGCGCGGGUGUGGGGAAGCAGUUGUCCCGCGCGCUGCUGGGGAGGCGGGGGAGCGGAGGGUUGUUCGGGGGGUGUUUGGAUGAGCCUUCGAUGGAUGGAGUGGUGGUGGGGAUGAAGAAGACGUUGGUGUACUAUGAGGGGCGCGCGCCGAGAGGGAGGAGGACGGAGUGGGUCAUGCAUGAGUAUCGCCUGGAGCAGCGCAGCAGCAGCGGCCGCCGACCCGUGGGUUCGCUCGUACUGUGCCGUGUUGCACAUGGACAGGAGCUUGGGCAGGAGCAGAAGCAGGAGCACGGCUUUCAGGCGCAUGAGCAGGGCUUUAGUGCACAUCGGCAGGAGCAGGGCUUUCAGGCGCACGAGCAGGGCUUUAAUGCACAUCGGCAGGAGCAGGGCUUUCAGGUGCAUGACCAUACGUUGGAGCUUGAGUAUGAUCUCUCUACCAUGCUUUCUGAGCCUCAUGCUGACAUGCCCAUCGGCAUGCACAUGAACAUGGGCAUGGGUGGUGGUGCUGCUGCUGGUGGUGCUGCUGGUGCUGCUGGUGGUGCUGCUGGUGGUGGUGCUGGUGGUGGUGCUGGUGGUGGUGCUGGUGGUGGUGCUGGUGGUGGUGCUGCUGGUGGUGCUGGUGGUGGUGCUGGUGGUGGUGCUGGUGGUGGUGCUGGUGGUGCUGCUGGUGGUGGUGCUGGUGGUGCUGCUGGUGGUGCUGGUGGUGGUGCUGGUGGUGGUGCUGGUGGUGGUGCUGGUGGUGGUGCUGGUGGUGGUGCUGGUGGUGGUGCUGGUGGUGGUGCUGGUGGUGGUGCUGGUGGUGGUGCUGCUGGUGGUGGUGCUGGCGGUGGUGCUGGCGGUGGAAGCCUCUGCCUGCUCCUGGUGGCUCCACAAGCACCAGCAGCGGCAGGAGCGACGAUGGGCAGUGAGUGA